AAUUGACAGGCGUUGACGUUAUCAAAAAAGAUUGGAUUUAAAUAAAUAUGCUGGCUACCAGACGAAGUAUUUUGUUUUGAGGCUUUGCCGAGUGCGGACAGCAAACAUCAGCGUAAAAAGCUUUGGCCGGGAUUUGUGUGUGCGCUGAUAAACAAUUCAUCUGAACAAACAACCAAUCCAUUCCGGUUGGGAAUACAUUACGGCCAAGCAACAAACAUUUAAAAUGAAAUAUUUUGGCGGCGUCGAAGGCGGAGCAACGCACUCCAGGCUGGUCAUCUGCGAUGAAAGCGGCCAGUCUGUGGGGUCUACCAGUGGCCUGGGCACUAACCACUGGGGUAUUGGCAUUCCGGAAUGCGCGCGACGCAUUGCCGACAUGGUUGAGCGGGCAAAGGAGGAGGCCAACAUAUCGAAAGACAUUCGCCUAACCAGCUUGGGCCUCAGUCUGAGUGGCUGCGAGCAAGAAGCCACCAAUCGAGAGCUGGAGCAGGAACUGCGCACCACAUUCCCCAACCUGGCCGACAGCUAUGCUGUUUCCAGCGAUACCAUGGGCAGCAUGUUCACCGCCUCCUCCAUCGGCGGCAUAGUGCUCAUCUCGGGCACGGGCUCCAAUUGCCUGCUGCGCAACCCUGACGGUUCCACGUUCAACUGCGGCGGAUGGGGCAACUUCCUUGGAGACGAGGGCAGCGCCUGGUACAUAUCCUAUCGCGCCCUUAAGGUUGUCUUUGAUGACAUGGAUAGCUUCGAGAAGGCCCCGGCUCCCAUAACCAAGACCUGGGCCCUGAUCAAGGAGCACUUCAGUAUUGAGACGCGCUACGACAUGCUGCCCCAUUGCUAUGCCAAGUUUGACAAGCCCUUCUUCGCCAACCUGUGCAAGAAACUGGCCCAAAACGCCGAAGACGGAGACGAACUGGCGUUGAUACUCUUCCGCGAGGCUGGCGUCCAUCUGGCCCGCAUGAUCACGGCUUUGUUGCCCAAUGUGCACAAGGAUCUGGUCCAGACGGGCGAGCUGAACGUGGUCUGCGUUGGUUCGGUGUGGUCCAGCUGGAACCUGUUCCAAGGGGCUUUUACCAAAGAGCUGUCCAAGCAGAGCAUCAAGUUUAAUCUCAAGCUGGUGCGCAUCACCAAGAGCAGCGCCUACGGCGCCUGCUACCUGGGUGCGGACAGUGCCGCCUUUAACCUGCCGCGCAAAUAUUCCGACAAUUUCACAGUAUUGCACACCAUACCGAAGGGCGGCAAAGCCCCGACGGGGAAUGGCGUGGCCACCAAGUGUUGCAAGUGCCAAGAAAAGUGAACCAGGACAUCAAUUCAUUCCUAAAUACAUACAAAAUUCCACGCGUAAGUGUAAGUCGUUUUGUUUUGGGGUUUGUUAGAAAUACGUAUGAAAAUUUUAUUCGAUAAAGUUCAUUGUAUUAAGA